CGCGGGGCGAGCCCUACGCCGCCCUGCCAAGGGGAGGCCCCCCCCCGCGGCGCCUUGCGCGACCUGAGAGCCAAGCACGCGGCGCUCGCGCGCGAGCAGCGGCGGCUCCGCGUCGGGCACGCGGAGCUGCAGGCCGAGGUGCUGGCCUGGCGCGAGGAGGCCUCGCAGGGCGCCCAGCGCCUCCGCGC